ACGUGUUCUCACAAAAGCUAUCUCUGUCUCUAUUUCUGCCACAAACACAGACACACAGGCGCGCUUCCUCUGUUCCAUGUUUCUGCUUUCUGUCUUUUCAGUUUGAGCGUAACCCCAUUCUCAAGACUAGUUAGGAAUGCACUCUUGACUCUAGAAACUGUUGUACCAGAGCAUAGAUUCUGUGUUUCUGUCAAUCUGUGUCUGAAAAGUGUCCCACUAAAGAAUUUGACUCAAAGAAACUAGAGCAGCAUCAAUGGGGACAAAGAAUCUUUAAACCAAAAUUUCUGAUUUACCUUGGGUAAAAUGGUCAUGGAAGAUUUGAGUAGCAAAAUUUAAACAGUGGCAUUUAUAUGGUGGGGUGGAAAUUUGUGCAUUGGCUCCAUAUUGUAAAUCAAGUUUUGAUAUAUUCUGCUGCAAUGGCUUACAGCAGGACAUUGAUUCCCAACCAGGGGUAUGUAGAGAAGUGUUACAUAUGAAAAAAUAAUUACCAAUUUCUAUAUAUAUAAAUAAAAGACGUUAAAGCUUAAUGUAAAAAAAAAAAAAGAAUAAUGUAAUGGACCAUGUAAUAGUGAAAUAUCUAAAAUUACUGGAGAAAUGGUGGAAUCCGUGAAAGUAAUGCGUAAACAGUUGAAAAAAUGUGGAGUCACUACCUCUCGGAGCCAAAUAUUUGCCACUGAAAAUUGACGUAUGGUAUGGCGAAGAAAUGUUGUCCAGUGUAAUAGUGUGUAUCAGAUAUAUUUAUUCACCAUUUCAAGGUCAUGUUGAUUUUCACAUCAAAACAGUGAGUGCUGCAUGCUUUUACAGGCUGGAAAGAAUUGGAAGAGGGGGCGAGUCAGUGGAGGAGAGAUGAAUGAAACUGAUCAAAAUGAGUCAAGGAAUCAAAAUGAAAACAGAUGGAACACAGUUGUCUGUUUUGGAUUUAUACGGAUGGAUUAAAGAAGAGGAGUGUGUGUGUGUGUGUGUGUGUGUGUAUGAGUGAGUGAGUGAUAUGCUCACAGUGGUGUUUGACCGCUGGGGUCAGAUCAUAAAGACUGACAGUCACACUGCUCGCAGAGGUCAGUGUGACGGCCGAAAUCCACUAUCACUCUCACUAUCUGAUUGAGUGAAAGGGAGCGCAGACGGGUGAAGGAGCUGUGCCGGAUGUUUCUUUCACCUUCCACAUUUAACUCCAUGAGGGAACUGAGGACCGAGUACGAAGUAAGAGAGACAGAAGGAGGUGAGUGGGUUUUUCUUCUCUCCCUCCUUCGUUUAAAUGCAAUUCACUGCUUGACGUCAAGUGCUCAGAGGUAUUUGUUUGAGCAUCUGUAUCCUGGAGAGGUUCCAUGGUGACAGCAAUUUUCCUCUAUUUUCCUCUGAUUUAGCCGUCAGUCUUACCACCAAUUACCAGCAGUGUGCUGAUUUUCUGUCACAGUCUUUUUAUCCUUUAAAUGUGAUUAGUCAUGUAAAACUGAUGGCUCCCCCGCACCUUCUCUUUCAAACACCUCUCUAAUCAUCUCAGGCAAUUGGGCAGAGCUGCUUCUUAGAAACUAAUAACAUGCUGGUGAUAUUUUUAGUGACAUGCAAGAGCAGAGGUGCACCUAAAGUCAAGUAGAGGAACAAUGAAAAAUUUAAGACACUUAUUCCCUUGUCAGACAUUUAACAUACAGUGCUGACAUGUUACUUUUUGUUUUUUGGGUCUUGAACAUUGCUAUUAAGAAUUUUAAUAUUUGCACAUGCGUGUCUCCAUCCGGCUAUUCCUCCAGCAGCCCAUGCCGUCAUUUAAUCCCUGCAUGAUGGCAUUCCUGCAGCAGAUGCGUUCCCCUCGCCUCUCCUUUCUCCAGACGGUCGUUUCUCUCUUCUUGGGUGGCGUGGCCCUCAUGUCCUCCUACUGGUGUGUGGGGAAACAGAAGGUGCCCAAGCCACUAUGUUCGGCCACCAAGCAAAGCAACUGCAUCCCCGUUCCUGGCGUCUCCAACUCCUCCAACAUCCAGUUCUCCUGGGAGACGGGGGAUGACCGCUUUGUCUUCCCCACCUUUCAUACCGGCCUGUUCAUCACCUGUGAGGAGAACAUCUACACAGAUGCAUGGGAGGAGAAGUGUCGAGGGUUUUAUACUGUGACUCCAGGUUCUGAAAAAGCAAUGCUGUGGCUGUCUCUAUCACUGGAGCUCAUGUAUGUCGGCCUGCUGUUAAUCAGCUGCACGCUGCUGUCUGUGCAGUUGUGUAUCAGGGCCUGGUUCCCCUCCACGCAGCGCUGGGGGCAGCUGCUCAACUCGUUUGCUGCUGUCUUCACAGUCCUGGGAGGUCUGCUUGGGAUGGUGGGUCACAUGAUGUUCAUGCAGGUGUUUCAGACCACUGCCUCAAUGGGACCUGAAGACUUCAAGCCUCACAGCUAUGGCUACUCCUGGGCGUUCUAUGCUGCCUGGUUUGCCUUUACUGUCUGCAUGUCAGCCGGUGUCUCCACUCUGAACAACUACACCAAGAAGGUCCUGAUGGUGGGACCCAGACGUAACUCCGGCCUUAACCCCUGCAGCUUUAACUUUCUCCUGCCACCGGCUCCUUACUACACCCCUGCCAACCCAGCCAUCACCCUGGCCUGUCCCCCGUCUCCCCCCCAGAUCUCCCACUUAUCUCCCUACUACGACCCCCCGACAGCAACGUUACCUGCCACCACUCCGAGGCUCACGCACUCCCACUCCCUUCCUCUCCCGCACUCUGCUUCCUUCCCUCCUCCCCCCUCCCACCCUGCGCCUGGAUCCCCUUUCCACCGCCUCUCUCUCCCCUCUCCAUCUCCCUCGCCCACCCCGUCCGCCUCCGCCCACGUGACCCUGUCACGACACCAGGAAGACCAUUACGAGCCGGAGGAGAACUACAGCCCACUUUCAACUGCUGUACAUAUCCAGACUGGAGUCUUUCUAUGACUACAGGACCUGUGUCUAUCUUGGCAACGCAGUUAAACAUUUGUUAAUAGUCUUGUCAUAUGCUCUGAAUUUACAUGGUCAGCCGUCCAGUCAUCCAGUAAAUCCAGGUAACCAGCGGUGAGCCCCUUCACUCAGUUCUAAUAAAGGCAGCGAACACCUGUUAAUGACAACCACAAAGUAGCCAAUAGAACAUAAUUAAGUU